AAAUUCUUGAAUGGCUCUACCGAUCAUGCGUCUCUCUUCUCCCAACAGGGCAAGAAAGGUCCUAACCAGGACGCCAUGAUUGUCUGGGAGAAUUUUGGGUCAAUGGAGGACACUGUAUUUUUUGGUGUAUUUGAUGGACAUGGUCCUUACGAUCACGUUAUCGCAAAGAGAGUCAAGAAUUUGCUUCCGCUCAAAUUAGGCUCUCACUUGGAGUCCUAUCUCUCCUGCGAGGAGGUUCUUAAAGAGAUCAGCCUCAACACUGCUGACAGAAUGACCUCUGACAGCCUUGUGCAAAUAUCUGCUAAUGGUGAAUCCCAAGUCUACAACAAGGAUCAGGAUAUGGUUCAGAUGCUGUUGACCUCGAUUGUUAAAGCCUACAGAUUCAUGGACAAGAAAUUGAAGAUGCAAGUGGAUGUUGAUUGCUUUUGUAGUGGUACUACUGCAGUUACUAUGGUUAAGCAGGGUCAACAUCUUGUUGUUGGAAACAUUGGGGAUUCAAGAGCAGUAUUGGGUACGAGGAAUAAAGAGAAUAAACUUGUUCCUUUUCAGUUAACUGAAGAUAUCAAACCAGAUGUUCCAGCUGAAGCAGCAAGGAUAAAGAGAUGGAAAGGACGUAUAUUUGCUCUCGGGGAUGAACCAGGAGUUGCCCGCCUCUGGCUUCCUAACCACAACUCACCUGGUCUGGCCAUGGCGCGUGCUUUUGGAGAUUUUUGCCUUAAGGACUUUGGUCUCAUUUUUGUGCCUGACGUGUCCUACCGACGCCUCACUGAGAAAGAUGAAUUUGUUGUCUUGGCAACUGAUUGGAUAUGGGAUGUAUUAACGAAUGAAGAAGUUGUGGAGAUUGUAGCGAAAGCACCAACACGUUGCACAGCUGGUCGAGCAUUGGUGGAAGCUGCAGUGAGGAAUUGGAGAUGGAAGUUCCCCACUUCAAAAGUCGAUGACUGCGCUGUAGUUUGCCUCUUCUUUGACUCGAAACCAGACAAAUUAUCAACUGCUUCUUUCUCAGUGGCUAAAUACAUCAGCAAUGGCCUUACUGAACCUGAUACAACAUCAAAGUCAACUCCAGGCUCGGGAACCGAAUCACCUGAGCUCAAUGGUGUCGAAGAGUCGACAUAA